GCCGCCUUUGCACCAUGACCCCCCAGCUGCUUCCCCUGCUGCUGCUGCUAUUGGCCGGCCCCCCCGCCGCUCAGCCGGUUCCCCCGACCUGCUACUCCAGGAUGCUGGCCCUGAGCCGGGAGAUCACCGCUGACUUCCAGAGCCUGCAGGCCACGGAGCCUUCGGAGCUGUGUGUGAGAUACCUGCCCAGGUUGUACCUGGAUAUACACAAUUACUGUGUGCUGGCUAAGCUGCGGGACUUUGUGGCAUCGCCCCAGUGUUGGAAGGUGGCCCAGGUAGAUGCCUUGAAGGACAAAGUGCGGAAACUGUACACCAUCAUGAACUCGUUCUGCAGGAGGGAUUUGGUGUUCCUGUCGGAUGACUGCAAUGCCUUGGAAUACCCAAUCCUAGUGACCACAGUCCUGCCAGAUCAUCAGAGCUAAGGCAGCUCAGACCAGAGAGAGACCCCUGGGGGACUGAAGUUAUGUCAGCUGCCCAGACACAAUGGGCUAAAGUCAUGGCCCCCACAGGUCUCCCUGAAACUGUCAUGUGUCUCUCCACCUUCUGGAAAACAAGGCUUGUGCUCCUACCCUAGAACCGAUUUUUAACACAGUUAAAAGCCUUGCUUCUCCUUCCCCUUGGUUUUGUCUUACCAGGAUGGUUAGGUACACAAGCAUGUUGAUUUGAUCACUAAGAAGAAAAGGGCAAACCAGCUUCUUUUUUAUGAACAACUAGCUUGAGAACAAGCAAAAUAGUAUGUUUGCAG